AUGGACUUCACUCCUCAUUCAACUUUAGCAGACACUACAAGCAACAUUCAAGAAACCAGUCAUGGGAAUUUACAAAACUACCCUCCUUUCUCUAUUGCACUGAUGCCAUGCAGUUUAUUGGUAUUCAAAGAUACAACAUACUCAGGUCAUGGGUGUACUUGGAUACCAGUUAUAGAGAAUUUUACAGUUCACCAUGAUUUAAAGAAUUUUAAUGGGUUUCAAAACAAGAAUAUCUCAAUUACAAAAAAUAGAUGGUGGUUAAAGUUCAAAUUCCUCAUUUACUGUCUUUCACAAGGUGACUCAGAUGGAGCUUACCAGGGUGUUAUAAGGCUAUUUUUGUCAAAUGAAGAUGAAAUACAUCUAACGAUGCAAGAUUUGAUGACAUAA